AUGCCUGAUUCGAAUGAGGAGAUAGAUGAGCGCGUAGCAAAUGCCGUACGAGAUAUUCUUGCAGAGCGUGAGGCAGGGGAGCGUCCUGUUAUUGCAGAAAAGGCGCGCGAAUAUCGAGUGAGCAAAUUUCGCGUUCAACGUCGAUUAAAGGGCAUAGGACCUCGUAUAAGUCGAAAACCGAAGAACUAUAAGCUGUCAGAGAUACAGGAGCAAGCGCUUUUGCAAUAUAUCUUAUCAUUGGAUGAGAUAGGCCAGUCGAUACGCUAUGAUCAUGUUAAUAAGGUCGCAAAUGAGAUGCUCAAGGAGGAUCAUACAGAGAAUUCUACAGCGCCUGUUGUAGGAGAACAUUGGGUCAAACGCUUUCUAAAUCGACAUCCUGAGCUUCAUAAAGCAAAGCAAAAGCCUCUAGAGCUUGAGAGAAAGCUUGCUCAUGAUCCUGAUCUUAUAUCUAACUGGUUUGAGCGUUUUCGAGCGCUUCGAGAGGCGUACGGCGUAUUUGAUGAUGAUAUUUGGAAUUUCGACGAAACAGGCUUUCGAAUAGGAGUAGGGAAGUCGCAAUGGAUAGUAACGUCUUCGCAUGCAAAACGCCAUUACUUGGUUUCGGAUAACAACCGCGAAUACGUAACUGCUAUUGAGGCUGUGAGCGCUACAGGCAUUGUCAUUAAGCCGAUGCUCAUUCUGCCAGGGAAGGUCCAUUUGGAGCGUUUCUAUCGAGAUCUCAAAAGGAUGAAGUGCUUGUGGGAUUGUCAGAUACUGGAUACGCAAAUGACGAGCUUACCCUUGCGUAUAUUCAACAUUUUGAACGCCAAAGUCGACCCACUUGAUGUAGUGCUAUUUCAGCCAUACAAGCACUGGCAUGCUCAAGCUGUCAAUCAAGCGACUCGUACAGGAUGCAGCAAAUUUGAUAAGCUUGAAUUUCUUACAGCUAUCUAUGGAAUUCGUCAAUCAACGUUCAAAAACAGCUCUAUUCGUUCGUCAUUUCGCGAAUGUGGACUUAUUCCAUAUAAUCCACAGCUUGUGCUUGAAAAAGUCAAGGAAUACCAGCCUCCUCCUCCUCCUCGACCUUCUACACCUCCUGAAACCGAAUUUCAGCCUCCUACAACGCCUCUAACGCCUCAAGCACUUAAAAAGCAAGCUAUUCGCUUAGAAAACGCAACUCCGAGUCGCUAUAAAUUAAUAGCACAGAAAUUCAUCAAAGGGGCACAAAUUCAAGUCAAUACUGCUACACAAAUUAAGAAGGAUUUAGCAGCCUCUACAGCAGCUGAAAAAGAGCGAAGAGAACGAAGAAUUCAAUCUCAACGUCAGCUACAAAAAGGAGGAGUUCUAUUGGCUUCGCAGGCUCGAAAUAUGGUCACACAGCGCGUAGAAGAGGGUGGUACACAGCUCCAGAGGGCCCUAUGGCGAGAAGAAGACCUCCGAAAAGAGUUAGAAGAUGAGCGCCACCCGCUCCGCUGCUAA